AUGGUCAGUAGUAAUGGUGAAAAAAAAAUUGUUCAAUGUUCUCAGACACGGUUGAAUUUCGACGAUAAAAUUCUCGAAGAUAAAAGUAUCUUUACAUGAAAAGUAGAGUGUAAUCAUUUUUCGAAGGUAAUAAUCGAUUUAAAAUAUCGACAAUUUCUCAUGGUUAUUUGUCCAAUUAUGCUGCCUCGCCUUCUCGUCAACGUCCAGCUCUGAUUUCUCGAAAGAAACUGCCGAACGUUCUCGACUCUCGUCUCAUUUCGCCUCGAAGCUGAACUUCGAAGCUCGCGAAGCUUUGGGGAGGGUGUGGGGGAGUGUGGAAUCGAUACGGAAUUUCCGCACGCAGCGGGCAACUUCUCUUCGGGCGAAGUUCCAUCCGGGCGCGGGCUAUCAAAAAUAUUAAACAUUGGGAACGCGAGAGGAAUUCGAGUAAGAAAGUUUUUUCGUUUCGCCCCGGCGAAAGUUUACGGGCGCGUGCGCGUUACUUGAAACUGCUCGCACCGAUGCCUUCAGCUUCGAAUUAGUCGGUGCACGCGAGCAACAACGUCAGGCUCAACUUGAAAUUGAGUUGUCAUCCACUCGCCAAGUUAUAUGGCGCCUUUAUAAUGUUGUCCGGGCCCGUGAUGCGAAAACUAUUAAGUCCGAAACCUGAUAGCCCCUCUGCUGUCUGGAUCGAGGGAUAUUAGAGGUAAAGGGACGAGGCUCGCUGGAGGAGGAGGAGAGGAACACAACCUUCCAUCGAGGGUUGUUUCGGGCUGAAACAUCUGUCAGGUUUGAUAUCUUUUUCAGACAAGGUUUCCCCUACCUCGCCUACCUCGUCCUCGGAGGCGUUUUUGACGUUUCAAUAAAACGGAAUAUUCAAGCAUGUCGUGUUCUCGCUGACUAAAAAAAUAUAUAUAUGUGUGUAUGUGUGUGUGUGUGUGUAUCUGAAGUUCGGGAGAGGAACGUUCCUCAGAGGGAAAAUUCAUAUUAUUGAUAUUUCUCACGUCGAACUUCUCGCUUCUCGAAAACGUUACGAUUCUUUCCUCUGGACUGGAACAAGAGGAGAAAGCCGGAUCCGAAAGCUACUACUAAAGUUCCAAUUUUGGGCCGAAGUUUCAACUUCGACCUUGCGGAGGAGUUCUUAAAUUUACCUCGUAAUCGUAUUAUUUCCGAACGUGUUGGAAAAUACGUCAGGUUUUUAGCGGGAAGUUUCUUUAUUUGUAUCAAACAAAAUCGCUGCGCGAUUGCUUUUUUGCUCCUCGAGAAAUUUCAACUUGAGCACCAAAAAAAAAAAAAAAAAAAAAAGAGAUAAAAGUUUCCUCGAGAUUAGAAAAUAUCUCAAAUUCAAACGGAAUAUUCUCCGUGAGAAGAAAGAAUUCUUAACGGCGCUGAACUUGAACUUCGUUGAAGAAUACUUUGACAACAAGCGAAACAGCGAGUGCGAUAGUUUUUGUUUUCAUCAGAUGGAAUAAAAAAAAAAAGAAAAAAAUCCAGCAGAGGAGAAGCGACUCUUUAACACGACUCCUUUCUUUUUUCUGCUUUCAGAGGGUCGAAUCCUGGAACUCCAUUCACCGGAUGGCGUGCAUGAGUGCUGGCUGAGAGCAGCGGACAACGCGGAGGCGAGCGUAUGGUUCAACGCUCUGCACUCGGCGUUGGCGGCACUCACUCUGAAGGCGCUGCGACUGGCCUCCGCGCUUCCGGAUCCGCCUCAGCUUCAACAUAUCGGCUGGCUCGCGAGGAGACACUGUCUCCAGAAAUGCUCAGAAACGGAAGGAAGCCGAACGAUAGAGAUCAGAAAUUUCGACAAAGCAAAUAACCAGGCUAAUAAAGAAAAGGGGGAGAAGGAUGAAAGCAAGAGCGAAGCGAAUCGACGAGGAAAUGGAUAA